AUGGACGAGCUACGGGCUUUUUUUAAUAAUCCGUUCCCAUCUAGUUCUCAAGUUACAAAACUUCGAGGUCCAAUUACUGGUGGACAUAGGGUUACAAAAGAAGAUAAUAUCAAUCAACUUAACAGACCUGAAGAGCACCGCCGGUCCGUUGUUGUAAGCGGGACAGACUAUGCCCGCGAAAUCAAGGAAAGGGAGACAGAAAUUUAUUUAAAGAAUGAGAGAGAGAGAGAAAAGUACGAGAGUAUUGCUGGUGGACUAGAUUCCAUGGAGCAGCUUUCAACAUGGGGCACCUCAAUGCAAAAUAUUGAAAAAUUAACGGAAGAAGCAAUGACUGAAGUGUAUAGCAAAUACUCUUUCCAAAGGAAGGAGGAAGCAAACAACUUAGCUAUAAAUGAGUUCCGACAGCAGAUUCUAGAUCGUAUCUCAGGAUUUCCAGUAGUAAUAAUUGAAGGUCCAACAGGAUGUGGAAAAACAACACAAGUACCUCAAUGGAUUCUUGAUGAUUCAUAUAAAAAUCGUAAACCUUGCAAAAUUGUGGUGACUCAGCCAAGAAGAAUAGCAGCUAUAUCAAUAGCUAAAAGAGUAGCUCAGGAACGUGGUUGGGACCUUGGUGGUAUUGUUGGAUACCAGGUGGCGCUUGAGAGUCGAGUCUCAAAUGAUACUCGCAUUCAUUAUGUGACAACCGGUUUACUGCUACAAAAAUUAGUUUCUGCCAAAAAUAUGAAUGAAUACACGCACGUUAUAUUGGAUGAAGUGCAUGAACGUGGACAGGAGAUGGACUUCCUUCUGCUUGUUGUCAAAAAGCUACUUUAUACAGUAUCUCCGCGGGUCAAAGUUGUACUCAUGUCAGCGACAUUCAAUAGAAAGGCCUUCGCCGACUACUUUAUGAUACCGACGCCACGUGGCCUGCAGAUGUCUACAUGUAUUAAAGUGGUGAAGAAAGAGCCAAUGUUCACAGUGAAGACUUUCUAUUUGAAUCACUUGAAUAAGUUUGGAUCUAUACUUCAACAAGCCAUGCCUAAAGGCGAAGUACCCGGCAUUAAUCCUGAAAUGCAUCAUUUGGUAAUCAAGCUGAUAAAUGCGUUUGAGCAGAUAGAUAAACAAGAAGAUAGCUAUACAGACCGAUCACAGGCUGACUUACCUUCGGUAUUAAUAUUUCUGCCUGGCAUUAAUGAAAUUGAGGAGCUGUAUGCAUGCUUGACUGAUGGUGCAUUGAGAACGAAGAUAUGUGAUAAAGAAUGUGCGAGAUAUAAUUGGUGGGUUUUGCCAUUGCACUCGACUAUUACCGCUGACGAACAGGUCCGCGUGUUUCAACGAGCGCCGGUCGGACAUCGAAAGAUCAUCCUCGCGACAAACAUUGCUGAGAGUUCUAUCACUGUACCUGAUGUUAAGUAUGUGAUUGAUUACUGCCUAAUGAAGGUGCUUGUGGCCGACGAGAAUACAAACUUCACAUCACUGCAGUUAUCGUGGGCUUCAAAAACCAACUGCGAACAACGAGCUGGUCGUGCCGGUCGUGUGCGUGAUGGACGCGUCUAUCGCCUUGUAACUGACAAGUUUUAUGCAAACCUUCCAGAUGAAUGUACUCCCGAGAUAAUUCGCUGUCCGCUUGAGAGAUUGGUAUUACUAGCAAAAAUGUUGGAUAUGGGACCACCCAGUGAUAUUUUGGCACUUGCUAUGGAUCCACCCGACAUGUCCAACAUACACAGGACAAUUCUUGUGCUAAAAGAGGUGGGAGCUUUGAAAAAAACUCUAAGAGAUGAGUGGUGUGUGUCCGAUGGUGACAUCACGUAUUUAGGUCGCAUCAUGGCCAAAUUACCACUCGACGUAAGGGUAUCCAAGCUCAUUAUGUUAGGAUAUAUAUAUGGAUGUUUUGAGGAGAGCAUUAUUAUGGCGGCUGCCAUGUCAGUGAAGAACGUGUUCAGCAGUCCCUUCCGCGAACGAUUGAACGCCUAUAACUCAAAACUUACAUGGGCUGAUGGAUCCACGAGUGACAGUAUUGCUUUUCUUAAUGUGUAUAAGGUAUGGAACCAUUUACGCCAGUUAAACUACUUCAAGCAACAGGGCAACAGCGAGGCACAGUGGGCGCGUCGCUUCUACGUACAAGUGCGUGCGUUGAGAGAGUUAGAUGAUCUCGUGCGAGAGCUUCGUCUGCGUCUCUCCCGUGAGGGUCUGGAACCUAGACCUGGAACCUCGCCCUGGGCCAAGCAUGAGAUUAAUCUGGUGCUCAAAGUGCUGCUGGCGGGCGCGUUCUACCCGCAGUACUUCGUGCAGGCGUCGCUGGACGAGGCACGCGAGUGCGAGGCGGUACGCACGCUGGGCGGGCUGGACCCGCGGCGCUCGGUGUACCUGCGCGGCUUCCCGCCGCACCAGCCGCCCGCGCCCUACGCGCCCGCCGUGCGCGAGGCAGUGCGCCGUGCGCUCGGCGACGACCCCAGCGUCUCCUUCGACACAAACAGCAGAAAGAUAUAUCUAACUUUCUCGGAAGGAAGCGACAACUCGAAACGCGAUAAAGACAAAACGGGAGACCCGACAAUACCCGGACAAGUUGUGCUACCCAUUUACAAAGCGAUUAAGGCUCGGCAGUUAAAAAUGGAUAUAAGAAUUCAGCUUUUGCCGUUAGAGAAAGCGAAUGAACUCGCGGCUGCCCUAGAGAUGAGCAAUAUGAAUGUUGAUAUAGAGAAAAUGGUACCUCGGUUGCCUGAAGUUGAUGAUACACACUUUCCACUCAAGAUAUCUCAAUUGAUAUCGGUGAGCAAGUUCUGGGUGCAGUACGACGACGAGUCGACCGCGUGCGAGCUGCGCCAGAUUCAGGCGGCGCUCAACCGCGGCACGCUGCUGGCGGUGACGGGCGCCGUGCGCGUGGGCAGCCUGCUGGCUGCGCCCUACGCUGACAACACCGGCACCGCGUUCUACCGCGCGCGGGUGGCCGCGCUGCUGCCCCGCGAAAUGCUCGAGGUUGUGUACGUGGACUACGGCAGCUUCGGGCGCGUGGGCAAGUGCAGCGUGCGCGAGCUGCCGGCGGGCGUGUGUCGCGAGACGCCGCCGCUGGGCAUGCGCUGCGUGCUGGCCGGGCUGGCGCCCGCGCCGCUGCUGCACCACCACGCGCACUGGAGCGCGCCCGCGCUGCAGCACUUCACCAGCCUCGUCGCCAGGGGCCGCCUGCUCGGCAAGCCUGUAGCCUGGCGCCCGCGCCGCUGCUGCACCACCACGCGCACUGGAGCGCGCCCGCGCUGCAGCACUUCACCAGCCUCGUACGUCAGAGGCCGCCUGCUCGGCAAGGUACUCACGUGUUGCCGCUCUGUGUAUACUGCGCACCCACUAGCCUGUAGCCUGGCGCCCGCGCCGCUGCUGCACCACCACGCGCACUGGAGCGCUCCCGCGUUGCACCACUUUACCAGCCUCGUCGCCAGGGGCCGCCUGCUCGGCAAGGUACUCACGUGUUGCCGCUCUGUGUAUACUGCGCACCCACUAGCUUGUAGCCUGGCGCCCACGCCGCUGCUGCACCACCACGCGCACUGGAGCGCGCCCGCGCUGCAGCACUUCACCAGCCUCGUCGCCAGGGGCCGCCUGCUCGGCAAGGUACUCACGUGUUGCGCUCUGUGUAUACUGCGCACCCCACUAGCUUGUAGCCUGGCGCCCGCGCCGCUGCUGCACCACCACGCGCAUUGGAGCGCGCCCACGCUGCAGCACUUCACCAGCCUCGUCGUCAGGGGCCGCCUGCUCGGCAAGGUACUCACGUGUUGCCGCUCUGUGUAUACUGCGCACCCACUAGCCUGUAGCCUGGCGCCCGCGCCGCUGCUGCACCACCACGCGCACUGGAGCGCGCCCGCGUUGCACCACUUUACCAGCCUUGUUUACUCGGUAGUUCACGGCGUAGUAGCGAUAGAAUUGCUUGCCGAAGGAGGACGAAUCAGCGUGAACAAAGAACUGCUCGACAAGGGCUUUGCUGUUCCGUGCGAGGAAAGCUAUGAAUCAAAGUUAAAUCACGACCUUAGGCAGAACGCAACGGAGUUGAAUAUGGCUCAAAAACGAGCAUAUAACAGAGAACAAGCUGAAGCGGCAUUCUAUCAAAUGCGAGAAAUAGAACCACCUAACUAUAAAGAAUGUGACUCGGAUGUAUGCCUAAAGGGACCUUUCAGUCCAUUAGAAACAAAUGUACACAAUCUUAUGUACGCGAGCCGCGAGAAGCAAGUUCACAUUGAAUGGAAUUCCGUCAACUCAGUACUGCUUGAUACCGAACCACAGGAGCUGUAUGAACGAUUGUUAGUAGCAGCCGAGGUGGGUCAGAGCGAGAACGCGAGCACGUUAACUCUGCGGCACACCACAUUGAUGCCGAACAUACCAGGACUGCCGGCGAUUAUAGCUCUGUUGUUCUGUCCUUCUGCGGAGCUACGUCGCGACUCUGGAGCUACUCGGUACGUGAGCACUUUAUGCGGGCUCGGCAGCACUGAAGACGGUUCACCAUACUUCCCCGAGCACGACAUACUGGUUAACAUAGACGCCGAUUUGAAUGUCGAUGAUAUAGGUUUGAUUAACCAUAUCAGGCACUUGAUGGACUACAUGAUGUACUGUAGCGAAGGACAAGACACACCAACGGCUGAUGACGAGUUUCACCCUAAAGUACCUAAGUUUAUACGUGAAGAUCUCUUGAAGUUGCUGACGAAGCGGCGCAAGCACCGCGAGUCGGCGUGCGUGGCGAACGCGUGGGAGUGGCGGUCGGUGGACGAGAGCGAGCUGCUGGAGAUAAACGCGCCGGGCAUGGUGCAGCGCGCCGUCGUGUACCCGCUGCACGCGCCGCUCGAGCUGCACCCCGUCGCGCGCGAGCGCCUGCUCGAGCUCAAGCGCGACAACGACCAGCUGCGUCUCGAGGUGGCCAGGACGUCCAUUUCGGUCAGCAAGGAGUUGACGUGCAAAUUGUGCAACACAGCGCCAAUGCCCACUCACGCCAUGCGAAUACACCUCUACUCCAACGCUCACAAAGAAAAAGAAGAUGAUCUACGCUCAGUUCAGUCGUAA